GUUACACUGCCACCUACUCCCAGAGCUACUCUCUCAGCCAUGAAGUGCCCACUCCUGGUCUUUGCAGCCCUUGGAUUCCUGGCCCAGGUGACCCCAGCACACGGGGGCGGGACAAGAUGUGGGCGGACUCUCCCGGGACACUGCAGGCUGUAUUGCCACCAGAAGGAGCGAACGAUGUUCAUGUGUGACCGGUACAAGCAAUGCUGUAUCCUAAGCGACUUCCUGCCAGCGCCCGUGGUGUCACCAUUUGCGACUAAAUCUAAGGCCUCGGGCAUCAAGAACCACAGAAAACCAGCUCAAGAAUCAACCACCAACUCCAACACCGCCACCGCAACAGCUCCGGUCUCCGAGGACUAGGAGAAAGGCCACGGCUCACAUCUCCCCGUCUGGCGUGGAGAAGUAGCCACGGCCGUCGCCUCCUGGACCUUGGAUGUGUGACCAACGCCAAAGCUCGCGUCUUGUACGUCACCCUGUCGUUCAUCUAAUAGCAAAGGUGGAGUUUGUGUCUAUUAGAACAACCAUCCAGGGGACUCAGCGCAGGGGACCUGUCAGUUUGGAGUCUCUAAAAGCCAAUGCCAAAGCAGAAUUAG